GCCUUUUUCCUGUUCACUUCGGGUGAAUCGCUGUUUGGACUCAGUUCUCUGCCCGUAGCUCCCAGGAGUCGAUGGAAAAGUAGGGGGUCGUUAGACUGCAUAUUAGUUGAGAGCUGCUUCUUUUUUCUUUGCAUAUCCCGGGGAUCGGGGUGCUUGAUAAAUGCUUGCCGGCAGUGCGUGCCUCUGGUUGUGAUUGUAGUGCACCUGAGACAUCUAGACAGGACCGGUUCGUGGUUUCAUCUGCCCCCGACCAAGCCCUUCUCAUGCUGUCCUUUCACCUGCAAUACCUAUGGGCCAACAACCCUUAGAUACACACCUCCAGUCAUGCCUGGGCUAUAUAUAACUGCAGGAUGCGCGGCCGGCCGGGCGGGGGGUGUGGCCCCGGAAGCGUCCGCCUUGCUGGCCGCGAGGCGGGCUAGCGGAAUCCCCGUCUCCGUAGGCGGCGGCGGCGGCGGCGGCAGCAGCAGCGGGAGAAGCCCCCGGCGCGCCCUGGCCUGCCAUGGGCCCGGGAAGCGCCCGCCUCGCGAGGGCGAGGGCGGGGGCGGGGGCGGAGAGAACCGGCGGCGCGCCCUGGCCGGCCACGGGCCCGGGAAGCGCCCGCUCGCUGCAGCGGGGGCGGGGCCGCGGGAAAAAACCCUCCACUUGGGUCUUUCAAACUGACAGUGAUCUCUUCCUGGUGUAAGCAAGUAGGCAAUGAGUGCUGCUGAGGAAGAAGGAUAAUACAAAAUGGCAGAAGCAGUUUUCCAUCCCCCGAGAAGGAAGAGAAAAGUUUAUGAAUCCUAUGAUUCACCUUUUCCUAUUUCUGUCCCAUGGGAUGGUGUUUGUGGGAGAGAUUACAGAAUAUGCCAAGCUGAAAUUAUUAACAAGAAUAUAAUUGUGAGGAAUCCUGAGGAUAUAGAACAGCUGUACAGCAAGGGAUUUUUUGGGAAAGGUAUUCUUUCAAGAAGUCGACCAGAAUAUGAUAUUUCAGAUCCAGGACUGGUUGUUAAGUGGCAAGAUGCCAGGUUAAACAUGCCUGUAAUUUCUUCAAAAAAAUUCCAGCGUUAUGUAGACUGGGCUAAAAGCCGCAUGAAGGAGCAGGAACUCGAUGACUGCACUAUAAACAAAUUCCUUCAAAAUUACAUUGAACCACUUUGUCUAGAGGGAAAAGCUGAACAAACUAGUGAGUUUUGGAAUGAAGAAACAGAAGCAAUGGAGACUGCUGAGCCAAAGCUAGCAGUGACUUCUCUUGAAACUAACGGGGAUCAAGCAGUCUGUCUGGAAGGGGAUCCAUGUUGUGAUCCAUUGGGCAAAUAUGGCUCUAAUGAACUGGACAGAACAGGAUUUGAAGCUGUAUCUAAGACACAUUCUCCAAAAAGUCCAUCCAGUUUGCAUGAUGACAGCAAGGAAGGUGAUUGUGUCAAACAAGAAUCUCCUGUUUUGAGUAAUGAAGAAUAUAAUCACCAGGAGUUUGUACUGGUGCAAGAAUCUGAUUUAAGUCCAGAAGAAGAAAAAGAAUAUGAGAAAUCACAUUUGAGCGAAAGAGAAAAGUUAGUAUGCAGAAGAAAUCCAUUUAGGAUUUUUGAAUACUUGCAGCUCAGUCUAGAAGAGGCUUUUUUCUUGGUGUAUGCCCUGGGAUGUUUAAGUAUUUAUUACAAUGAGGCACCGUUAUCUAUCUUGAAGCUAUGGGAAUUAUUCAGUGAAGCGCAGCCCAAUUUUAGGGCUACAUACAUGGCAUAUCACUAUUUCCGAUGCAAAGGGUGGGUUCCUAAAGUUGGACUGAAAUAUGGAACUGAUCUCUUGUUGUAUCAAAAAGGUCCUCCUUUUUACCAUGCCAGUUAUUCUGUGAUUGUUGAAUUAGUUAAUGAUGACUUUGAAGGAUCAUCACAGAGAUCAUUCAGCUGGAAGUCUUUGUCCAGUUUGAAUAGAACUACAGCAAAUGUUUCUAAGGAACUUAUGUUCUGUUACCUGAUUAAACCAUCUGAUAUGACUGAAAAAGAAAUGUCAUCACCAGAGUGUCUCAAAAGAAUUAAAGUUCAGGAAUUGAUUCUACAUCGUUGGGUCUCAUCCCGUGAGCGUAAUGAACAAGAUGAACUGUGAUAAACUAGGUUGGAAAACUAGUAUUAUUGAAAUAUCUACUCC